AAUCCUGAGUGACUUUCUAUGUUGUAUGAUUGUUUAACAGGGUUUUGCGAGGUAAUAAAAUCCUCCUUGUGUGCACACAGGCAAGGUACUGCUUUUCAGUUUGCUGAAGAAAAUGCAUUUUAACAAGAAUCCACUUGAAGUAUUUCAAUAAGAUUUUUAUUAUUUUAAGAACAGUGUCAUACAGUUUUGUGUAUGGGUGAAGCACAAUCUCUUUAGGUGGUCAGUCAAGAGGCAUGUUCACCUGGAAGAAACAUUUUUUAAAUUUUUUUUUAAAGAUACAUUUAUCUGUCUGGUGCACAUUUACAGUUGUAUAUUAAGAGCUAUAACCCAUGUUCAGUGUGCAAAAUCUGCAAAUUGAAUGUAGAUGUCGUCUGUGCAUUGACUUGUCCCUGAGCCUCUCACAGCAGGAAUGCAUCUUUGACUUCUGAGAUGGGCAAAUUGAAAGAUGGUUGAUCAAAUCAUUAGAAGCAAGUAUUGGCUGAUAGCGAUCGGUAGCUGAUCUACUGUGGGAAAGAUGCGUGUGCUGUUUAAUGCGUCUGACAAGUGUUUUCCUCAGCAGAUCUGCUCCUUCCAUAACGGUUUAUGAAGGAAAGUCGAAAACAUGACUGAUCCAGAACCCUGCAAAAUAAAACAGGAAGACACUGAAGAACAAAUAGGCUGGUACCUGAAAGAAGAGAACAAGGAGAUUGAAGAACCGACUGAAGUAGAAGAGAAACAUCAUGUAAAAACUGAAGAAACAUUCUCAAAACUCUCAUUGAAAAGAAGAGAUGAAAUAUAUUUCACUUGUCCUCAGUGUGGAAAGAGUUUCUCAUGCAAGAACAAUCUUGAUGUUCACAUAAAAUGUCAUCUUGAUGGGUUUUCAGAUGACCUGAAGGACCACCUGAAAGUUUAUACAAGGAAGAAGAAGCCUUAUGUAUGUAAUUUAUGUGGAAAUAGUUUUAUUCAGAGGGCUACAUUAAAAAGACACCAGAAAAGACACAGUGGUGUGAAGGAUCAUGGUUGCUCUGAGUGUGGGAAGACUUUUUUUACUGAUGGUGCACUGAAAGUGCACCUGAUAGUUCACACUACAGAAACACCUUACAAGUGUUCACACUGUGACAAGAGAUUCAAACGGUCAAUAUAUGUGAAAAGACAUGAGAGAAUCCACACUGGAGAGAAACCAUAUACAUGUGAUCAGUGUGGGAAGAGUUUUGGACGAAAAGUACAUCUUAACAAACACUUGACAGUCCACACUGGAGAGAAGCCGUACAAAUGUGAUCAGUGUGGGAGGGGUUUUACACAAAAAGACCUCCUAAAUGUUCACAUGACAAUCCACACUGGAGAGAAGCCGUACACAUGUGAUCAGUGCGGGAAGAGUUUCAGAAUAUCAAGUGUUUUUAGAAGUCAUCUGCUUAUUCAUUCAAAUGAAAGACUUUAUAACUGUGACCAGUGUGGUAAACAUUUCUUUAGAACAGGCGCCCUAAAUAGGCAUCUGAAAGUUCAUACAAAGGAGAAGCCUCAUCUGUGUUCUUUGUGUGGAAAGAGUUUUAGUGAACGGGAUGCUUUAAAAAUACACCAGAAAAGACACAGCGGUGUGAAGGAUCAUAUUUGCUCUGAGUGUGGGAAGGCGUUUUUUACAGAUGCUGAAGUGAAAAAGCACAAGGUAAUUCACGCUACAGAAACACCUUUUAAUUGUUCACACUGUGACAAGAGAUUUAAACGGUCCGUAUAUCUUAAAGUACAUGAGAGGAUCCACACGGGAGAGAAGCCGUAUCACUGCAAUUCAUGUGGCAAGAGUUUCACUCAAUUAUAUUCUCUAACCUAUCACAAAAAAAAGAUUGCAGUCCUGAUGGAAGAGAAUGAGGAGAGUGAAGAGCUGACUGAAGCUGAGGAGAAACAGGAUGUCAAAACUGGUGUAAAAUCGAAGAGUCGAAGAAGAGUCCAAAAGUCCAAACAAAUUCAAGUUCACAAGAAAAUCCACACUGGAAAGAAGUCGCACACAUGUGAUCAGUGCGGGAGGAGUUUCAAACAAAAAACAGGCCUUAAGGAACACAUGAAAAUCCACACUGGAGAGAAACCCUACACAUGUGAUCAGUGCGGGAAGAGUUUCAGUAAGGCGAACAGCUUUAAAUUACACCUGCGUUAUCAUUCUGGGAAAAGACCCUAUACCUGUGAUCAAUGCGGUAAAGAUUUUUUCAGGACAGAUGCCCUGAAGAACCACCGGAAAGUUCAUACACAGGAGAAGCCUCACAUUUGUUCUCUGUGUGGAAAGAGUUUCACUGAGCUGGCUGCUUUAAAAAAACACCAGAAAAGACACAGCGGUGUGAAGAAUCAUAUGUGCUUUGAUUGUGAGAAUGUAUUUUUUGAUAGUGCUCAACUGAGACGGCACCAGAGAACUCACACUGGAGAAAAACCUUACAAGUGUUCACACUGUGACAAGAGUUUCAGUCAGUCAGAACAUCUGAAAACACACGAGAGGGUCCACACCGGAGAGAAGCCGUACCCAUGUGAUCACUGCGGGAAGAGUUUUGCCCGAAAAGGACACCUUAAGGGUCACAUGAAAACACACACUCGAGAGAAGUAUCACUGCCCUCCGUGUGGGAAACGUUUUGCUUCGUCCUCAUCUUUACUCAAUCAUACAAGAAACAAAUGUCUAAAAUCAUAGUAAGCAGUUAAUUUUCAGAUCCAGGACUGAACACAACAGUGUUCUCACUAUAUGUGGCACGAUGCAACAAACAAUCUCUUGAAAAAUGUGCCUUAAACAGCUGUUUUGAGAGACAGAAAAAAAAAAAAUACAUAUGAUAUUCCUCCCAAAAGAGCCAAAUCUAAAAGUUGUAUUCUUUCAUAGAAUUUUGUUUUAGAUCUAAUUAUGCUAUGAUUUUUGUAUUGUUAAAUGUAAUAAAUUGUAUUCUUAUAAUGCAUAUGCAUCACUUAAAGUGCUUCAACCAUCAUCUUGUCAGGGUUGUUUAGUUCUGUAAAUUCAUUGUGUUUUAGCUGGGUUUUGUUCUGUUAUCUGUUUGCGGGCUUGCCAUCUGCUUUAAUAAAAAGUAGCUACAUUUGUCAUGUCGCCUGUGGCUGGGGAUACAAUA